AUGGUUGCUAUCAAAGCCGAUAAUCUACGCAUCGCGUCCGCCUCCGGGUCUGUGACAGAUCGCCGGCAUGGAUUUGCGGAACUCGCAAAGACUGAAGAUGUCCAAUUUAUCGUCGGAGAUUGGAUGUCUGAAUACAACAUGACAACCCGAGGUGGUGGUAAGAUGAAGUCCAUCGAUCAAGGUCCGGAAUUUGAGCAGACAUUCGUGGAGUCCAUUGAGCCUGCACUAGAAGAUUUAGCUUUACGUGGGAUCAAGACAGCCGUGAAUGCAGGUGCCAGUGACACCAAGAAGCUUCACGAUGUUCUCGUUGAUGCGAUUCGUGCACGAAACCUUGACCUUAAGGUAGCCUGGGUAGAAGGUGAUGAAGUCAAAGACUUGCUCACCGAGGCUAUUCAGUCUGGAGAGGAAUUUGUCAAUAUUACAACGGGGAAAAGGCUCUCUGAUUGGGAGUUCGACCCGGUUUAUGCGCAAUGCUACCUAGGGGCAUGGGGUAUUGUCGAGGCCUUUAACCAAGGAGCCGAUAUUGUUCUUUGCGGAAGAGUGACUGAUGCCUCCCCGACAAUCGCUUGUGCAGCUUUUCAUUACAAAUGGAGUCGGGAGGACUACUUUCAGCUCGCACACUCAUUUGUUGCUGGUCAUUUCAUUGAAUGUUCCACCUAUGUAACGGGCGGAAAUUUCUCCGGUUUCAAAUCUCUUCCUGGCCCCAGUGUGGAUAUUGGAUUCCCUGUCGUCGAGAUAGCCCCAAGUGGGGAGUUUGUUGUCACUCUUCAAGUUGGUAAGGACGGCAUGGUAACGGAAGAGACAUGCAAGGCUCAGUUACUAUACGAGAUUCAGGGCCCUCUCUACUAUAAUCCUGAUGUCGUUGCAAUUCUUGAUGAGAUUAAGAUUCGUGGCAUUGGCAGGAACCGAGUACAAGUUUCAAAUGUGAAAUAUGCCAAGCCGCCUCCAACAACAAAGAUUGGCAUUACUGCAUUGGGCGGCUACCAAGCAGAAGUUCAUUACUUCCUCUGUGGUCUAGAUAUUGCAGAAAAAGCCGAACUGCUCGAGAAACAAAUCCGGCAUCUGCUUGAUGAAUCCAUUUACCACACACUGGUAUUUCGUACAACAGGAUCGUGUGCUUCUGACCCCUCUAGUCAAGAUGCAGCAACCGUGGAAGUUCGGAUAUUUGCUCAGUCGCGCUCUGAAGAGGCUUUGAGUGCUUCCAACUUUCUCCGGCCCUGUACGGACACAAUCAUGCAAAGUUACCCCGGCGCGACUUUUGGGGUUGACACUCGCCAAUCAGUUGCGAAGCCUUAUUACGAGUAUUUCGUCUCCAUUUUCCCUCAAGAUCGCAUGCGUCAUGUUAGCCAUACCCCUUUUAAUGGAGGUAGCUUAGAAAUUUCUGCACCGGUUGACACCACUCCAUUUAUCCUUGAGCAGCCGUCCUAUGAAACUGCAGCGCCGUCUGAUCUGAGCGUCUUUGGUCCGACGACGCGCUGCCCCCUGGGCUACGUUGUGCAUGCUCGAUCUGGUGACAAAGGAUCGGACGCCAACGUGGGAUUCUUUGUUCGUCACGCCGACGAAUGGGACUGGCUUCGAACUGUGCUCAGCACCGACAAAGUCAGAGAGCUUCUGGGAAAAGACGACAGCGGGAAUCAGAUCUUUCGCUUUGAAUUGCCCAAUAUCUGCGCCGUUCAUUUCCUCUUGAAAGAUCAUCUUGAUCGGGGUGUGGCAUCUAGCUCAACAUAUGACGUCCUUGGCAAGAAUGUUGCCGAAUUCCUCCGAUGCAGACACGUCGACAUACCAGACAAGUUCCUGGCCCGUGGAAGAAUUUGA